AUGGGUAUACCGAAAAACUCGAAACAGCAACAUCAGCAUUGGUAUAGGGAGCUGAUUCCAACAAUUAUUCAGUUAGUACAACAAAAUGACCACAAUUCGUUAGCUUUAAUAGCAAGAAAUAGUGGCAUACCGCCUCAGUUAAGGCAUAUAGUAUGGCCUAUUUUGCUUAAGUAUCAUCCAUUUGUGAUAGCACCAAGUAUUCUGUCGAAUACUCUGAUACAUGAGAAAUCAGAAGAGAGGUGGGUAUAUGAGGCCGAGAGCCGCACGGAUGAGGAGGUAGAGGCAGCGAUAGUUCAUGAUUUGAACAAAUAUUUCUUGAACAAACAUAGUGAACCGCGAGUCCCACUACCGGAUAUUGCGCAUUACAUUCAGUUUCUGCGAAGAACGAUUGUUAGGUUCCUAGAGAAGUGGUCACGAAUUUUCAAGUACGAAGCGGUACUUUCGUGGAUUGCAGUCGGCUUGGCAGAAUGGGUUCCGAUCGAUACGGUUUUCGGAGAGGAAGAUGCACAGACCGAGGGCGGUAGCGAGUUAAACAGGAUUCCCAUUUCUAACCCACGUUUUGAUAAAGUUCCUGUGUUGCAAGGCAAACGUCAUCAUAUUACAAUCCAGUCUCUUUACAAAGAGUACCCUUUGCCGUCAGAGUUAAGCAGCAGGUUGCCAAGGCCCUUUUUCAAGUUCUAUGAAAUAUAUGAGCGUCUUGUACUUGUCAUUUUACAUUGUCCCGACAUGACACGUAUCAAAACGACCACUGAAUCAGACCAUGUGCUGCCUUUUAUUUCUGGCUGUGAUAUUUCGACACGCACUCAGUUAUUCUUUAAGGUUUUCCAACUAAUUCUUCCCGAAUUAUACCAGCCGUUCACCGAUGAGGAGACCUUACAGUCAUCUCGGAAGGCGGACUGGCUAUACUGGUGGUUCAAGUCAUGUGGUUCAAAAGUUAUGCACAAACAGGACAGAGCACAUCUCUGGGAUGUGCUGCUAGGCUGGAGACCACAUCCUUCGUGUUUACGGUUUUAUUUGAAUUACAAUAAUAAGUCAUUUUGCCACUUAUACAAUACAAGGGUAAAAUUAGACCAGCAAUUUCUGAAGAAAGUCUGCAAGGAUGGAAAUGACCCCUUUUGGUUCCCUGAUUUAGACCUACUACCUUUGGGUACUCCCGGUUUGGAGGCAGACUAUCAAGUGAUGAAGGAACUUAUACGUAGGAACAAAUAUGACCAUGCACAGUUAAAUGGAUCUGCCAAUACACUUUUAGAAACCCACCAAGAUACAAACAGCCGAAACUAUGAGACAAAGCAAGAUAUUCCGUUUUCACUAAUUGAUCCCCAUAUUCAAUUACUUUUUAUAUACAUUGCGAUAUUGCAACAGAACGAGUUCAAGUUGCUGGAAUUUGAAGAAGCAGAAAUUGCCGAGUUUUUAUCUAAGGUCCCAUUGCUGUCGAAGACUGAUGACUACAAUUUCAAAAGGCUCUACGAUGAUGAUGCGACAUCUAUGUCUUCAACCGAUACUGAGGAUUCGCAAAAUUCCUCUUCUAGGCCUUCCACUUCUUCUCAUAUGCUAAUUGAAGUGGGAACAGAUGACAAAGUUGCCAAUUCUUUUGACGACAUUUCUCAACUAGCAGGUGAUAUCUGGAGGAAAUGGAUGUGGCUUGAAUUUGAGGAACAUCAAGACAGCGUUUAA